AUGAAUUGUUCUUUAAUUGGUCAUGAGGCGAAAGAUUCGAAUACACCACAUAAAAUUGCUGAGAAAUGUUGUGAGGAUCUAAUGAAUUAUUCAGGACAUAUUGACAAACUAGUUGAGAAACAAACAUCAAAAGAAAUGGAGAAUAAUCGAUUGUGGCUCAAAACCUCAAUAGAGUGUGCUUCAUGGCUAGCAUUCCAAGCUUGUGCUUUUAGAGGUCAUGAUGAAAGUCUUGAUUCAAAAAAUCGAGGUAGCUUUAUUGAAUUGAUAAAACACACAUCAACUUUCAAUGAAAAUGUAGCUAGAGUUGUCUUGGAAAAUGCUCUACGAAAUGCCAAAUAUACGUCACCCACAAUUCUAGAGGAGAUUUUGCAUAUUCUAGCUAGUAAAGUGCGAAAUGCUAUUCAUGAAGAAAUUGGGGAUGCAAAAUUUUGCAUUCUAGUUGACGAAGUUCGAGAUGAGUCGAAGAGAGAACAAAUGGCCAUCAUUUUGAGGUUUGUUGAUAAAGAAGGUUUCAUUAAAGAGCGUUUCUUUCAUGUUGUGCAUGUUAGAGACACUACUGCAUUGACUUUAAAGAAUGAGAUAUGUGUUGUCCUUUCUCAUUACAACCUCCACAUUGAAAAUAUUCGAGGUCAAGGAUAUGAUGUGGCUGCUCUAGUUACAGCAUCUAGAGAAGUAAAAGAUGUUCAUCAGUUCUUUGAUCAUUUGGUUAAUAUUAUCAAUAUUGUUGUUGGUUCUAGUAAGCGUAAUGAUGAAUUGCAACAUGCUCAAGCAGAACAAGUUGAGAAUAUGAUUGCUUCUAAUGAAAUUGGGACUAGAAGAGGUGCAAACUAG